GUGUCGUCUGGCAGUGGUAAACAGACGUCAGAAGGGAGUCUUCGCCUCGAGUCAAAACAAAGCAAAACAAAACAAAAAGAUCUACUGUUAAUUCAUAUUUGGACAUUUACAUGAUCUAUAACUCAGAUAAAACAUAUUAUUUAAUCUCUCGGAUGUUGGAAAGAGGGGAUUGUAACCGUUUUUACGACUUUUUAAAGGAUUUUAAACUCCGAAAUAACUGGAGUUAGCCAGCUCGGCUAUCACGCUAUUUCAAAACUACGUCGGGGAGUUCCUGAGGUGUUCGCGAGUGGAUUUAAAGAUUUCGUGGACUACGCCUUUUGCUUCAUAUAUACUUUUUACGGAACAAGGAUAACUGGUACAAAUCAGCUACAUUUGGAAAGUGCGAGCAUCGUGUGCUGCCGCUGCGGCGUGUCGAGAAACAUGGCAGAUGGUGACACGCGCUUGCCCACAAUGUGGAGGAGCGUACAAACCUGAAUCAGUAAAACAGACUUUCUCAUCUAUUAUUUCUCUUCUGCUUUUAUAAUAGACCUGCAUGAUCAAACCGUUACAGAAGUGUUAACUCUUGGCAUAUUUGUUGACUAAAUAGUGAAGUCAAACAGGGGUCUAAAAGCCUGUUGUUAGGCUACUGUUUCGACACAUUUGAGCAGUUCCUAAACCAUUGCGUCGAUAAUCAUUUAAUAAUUGUACAUGUGAAAUCUUAAUUCUUUAUUCUAUUGCUCAGGUUUUUUAACGUAGAUGUUUUAAUUCGAAUGAAUUAGGUAACGUUAGUGUUUACUCGAUUAUUUUAGGAAGCGGGAGGUCUUCGUGCGCAGAAGCGAGACUGCACGUUGUUUACAAGUGUAGACUGAAGCCAUGUAAAUCGCUCUUUUGUAAAAGUGACCCACUGUAGUAAUCCAAAUUUGUUUGGUUUUUAUCUAAACUUUGUUGAGAUGUCUAGAUGGUUUGAGAGAACUUUUGAACAACGGUCUGAAACGUUUAUUCAGCCAUUUAUUUGAUAAUCAUUGCUGAAUAACCACCAUUUAUAUCGAGCAUUUAGUUGCUUUUUAUGAUCCCAAUUACCAGAUAUUUCUUUUUAAUUUGAAACGUGACAAAGUUAAACAAAAACGUGCUAUGUUAUUUACUCAUAAUAGCGCUCCUCAGAAACGCUUUGCCAUUAUUAUAGUCGUCAGUGGAGCAUCAGAUGGGUUAGUCAUUCAUAGCAAUUUUCAAUCCUGAUGUUUAGAUGUGCAUGCAUGUUCUGCUCCCUUUGUUCUUUUUUAAACAAAGGAACCCACAUUCUGGCUCUCUAUGUACUUGCUCUAUGUAAAUCGGAAGGUUUAUGAUAGUUACUAUUAAGGAGAUUAUUUGUGUCCCCUAAUCUCCAAUCUCAGGAUUAACUGAAGCUAUUGGUGUAUCCAGAUUAUUGAGUCCAUCUUCUCCCCCAAUAGUAGACUUCAGACUGUGUUAUUUAGCAAACAAAAAUCAGUAUGUAUUGAAAAAAUCUAUGUUUAGAAACAAAAUUAGACCAAUGUGAAGUUGCAAUACAAGUCUUAAUUUGUUAUGAAAUUGGCCCACUUGCUCAACCAGGCUUGUGCUGAAGCACGUGCCCUGGUCACCUCACUUUAGACACCUUUUGGUCUUAAUUUUAAUAUCAUUUUAUUUUACUAUCUACUGCAUAACCAGAUUUUCCAGUCGUACCUUUGUGGUACUUUAUUGUUGCCACUUAAGAAAUACAACUGCUCUUCAAGGAGAAAAUCAUUGACCUAAACGUCACAAUGGAAGAAUCAUCAGUACCCCCGAUUGACCCAGAUUUUGAGCCGCAGAGCAGACCUAGGUCGUGCACAUGGCCGCUCCCGAGACCCGACAUCUCAGCUGUCAAAUCAGAGGGGGCAGACGGUACUGAGUCGGCUGCUGGAACCCCGCCUGCUGACGAAGAUAAGCAGGAGCCUCAGCAAAUCACAUCCGAGCCUGAGAAAGUCACAGUGUCUGAGGGAGGAGUCUUAGCUGGAGCGGGUGGGGCGACACCUAGAAAGGGAUCAUCACGUCGGAAUGCAUGGGGGAAUCAGUCUUAUGCUGAUCUGAUCAGUCAGGCAAUUGAGAACUCCCCUGAAAAGCGCCUUACCUUGGCACAGAUCUAUGAUUGGAUGGUGAAAACUGUGCCUUACUUCAAAGAUAAAGGAGACAGCAACAGCUCUGCAGGAUGGAAGAAUUCAAUUCGGCACAAUUUAUCACUCCACAACAAGUUUUUGAGGGUGCAUAAUGAGUCCACAGGCAAAAGCUCUUGGUGGAUGCUCAACCCAGAGGGGGGUAAGACUGGAAAAGCUCCCCGCCGCCGAGCCGCCUCCAUGGACAACAGCAGCAAACUGCUAAAGAGUCGAAUGAGGGCCAAGCAGACCAAGAAGCAGGCAGUGGCAGCAGGGCUAGGGGGGCACAGUGGGGCCUUGCAGGGGGAUGGAGGCACAGGGUCUGGGGGCGCCGAUAGUCCCAGCUCCUCCCAGCAGUUCCCUAAAUGGGGCAGCCCAUCAUCCCGUGGCAGCCUUGACGACUCUGACAUGUGGACCAGCUUCCGUCCGAGAACCAGCUCUAAUGCCAGCACUCUGAGUGGCCGUUUGUCCCCAAUCGCCCCCGGACAAGAGGAUGAAGAUGACCUGCCAGAGGAGGGGCUUCUAGGAAGCUACACCACAGGCAGUCUGCCCCCAACCCUCACAGAAACCCUCAUGGAGGAGCUGGACUUGAUAGAUGGACUUACACUGAUGACCGCACAGCAAGGAGGUGCUAGUCCCAGCACAGCCCCACCAGCCCCCCCCACCCCACUUCCCUCUGCUGCUACUCUGCUGCCUCGGGGCUCCAGUUUCCCCUCCUUCCGCCAGAUGCAGCCAGCCAACCUCCCCCAGGCCCCCACCCAGCCUGGGGUGCAAUCCUCCAUCUCACAGUGUGGGAGCAAUAACUCUAAACCCUCAAAUUUUGGUAACUCUCUUUUCAAUCCAAUACCCAGUCCUGGCUCCCGUGGGACUGGUCACUAUGGCCCUCAUGUACCCUCCAGCCUUGAGGCGCUGCUCACCUCUGAUUCUCCACCUCCUAGUGAUGUCAUGAUGACUCAGGUAGACCCGCUGAUGCCUAGUCCUGGUGGGGUGGGACUGAUGGGUUUGGGGGGAGGCAUGGUAGGAGGUCGGCCCAAGCAGAACCAGUUGUUGUUGAGUAAGGGACUUGAGACAAACACAGUGGCAUCCAUGGGUCUGCAGUCUCAGCUGCAGUCCCAGCACCAUCACCAGCAGCAUCACCAUCACUCUCAGCUGGGCCUGGGCAUGAUCCUGUCUGGCAUGACCCAUGAAUCUUCACAGCUCUCUGCCCUCAAAGCCCAGCACACACAGGUGCCAGGAGUGGGGCCUCACCACGGAGGGGGCAUCUCAGCCAACUCUGGGGGUCUGCAGGGAUUAAGUCAGUUUGGGACUCCUUGCUUCCUGUCCAGCCAGGAUCGCCUGCCCACAGACUUGGACAUUGAUAUGUUCACAGAAAACCUGGAUUGUGAUGUGGACUACAUCAUCAACAGCGACCUCAUGGAUGGAGAAAGCAUCGACUUCAACUUUGACCCCAUAGUGCCAGGCGGACAGGGCUACAAUGGCCCGGCAACCACACAGAGCUCUGCCCAUAACUGGGUGCCUAGCUAACUCCCCAGUCAACCAUGUUGUGUUAGCCAGGAGAGGAUUCCAAACUCGUCUUCAUCCACAGCAAAAAACACGCCCCAGUACAUUUUUCCUCCUCUCAUCCCGAUUGGCUGAUGAUCCAAAGCUAUUUUUAAAUUUAAGUUGUACUUUUGAGUCUCCUUUGGAUUUAAAGACAAAACCAGACCUCAUCCAUGUCAUGUGCCAAUACGUGUGGAGGGCCAGGGAGGGAACACUCUAUGCACCCAAACUUGAUCUCAGUAACACUUUAGCAAUUUUUUUUGCUAUUCUCACUUUUUGACUGAAUUAUAAUUUUUCGUCAGAAUAAAUGUCAGUGACAUGUCAAUGACAGAUAAAUGUGUUGGAGUGAAAAAGCACAACUAACAACUCCAAUAUAUCUGGAUUUAAUAUUACAACUAUUAUAACACCAAAAUAGCUUUAGAAUUGAUAUAUGGUACCCCUCUCAUCCCAAGGAUGUCUGGAAGAUGGAGCUAUCUGGAGAAAAGGCCAGUUUUCUGUUUAACAGUAGUUGGUAAAACAUUUUAGAUUUGAACAUAACAGACUUUUUAAAAAGACUGCUGUGUGAGUGUUUAUGUAGGAAACUUUUGUACUUACACUCCACUGUGCAGUUCCCAGAGACUGUACAAUGCAGCUGGACUACUCCCCUUAAGCAUCCCACCGUGACAUGGACAUAGGCAGAUGGUGUUUCUAAAGUUCAUCAACGGCUUGAUUUAAGAAUGCAUGGUGAUUCAAAUUUUGUUUACGCAAGUUGAUCCAUCUGUGUGUAUGGUUAGUUUGUUGGUACGAAAUGCAUGUUUUUUCUUCUCAUUUAAGAUAUGCAUACUGCGAGUUAUUACUUAGUUAGAGGAGAAUUUAGGGAUUCAACAGUAUGGGGUGAUUGUAUGAUAUGCAUUUACAGUUUGGCAUUCAGUACUUAUGCUCAGUGUGUGCUCGUGAGCAGAGUAGAGGUCACUUUGAUUGAAUGUUUAUCUCCCGAUGUGCAUUUACACUAACAUAAUGAAGAAAUGUGAUUUUGGAAUAUUUCCAGAAGGGCAUUCAAAUGGAAUUUUAUUUGCCAACAAAUCAUUUUUGGCAAGGUGUUAUGAGAAAGUAAGCAGGAUACCUCUGCUGCCAGAUGGGCCAUCUGAUGUCUUUGCAGAGCUUUUGUAUGUCUCUGAAAGCACACAGGUUGGAAAUGAUAUUCCUACAGAUGCAGCUCCCGCACUCAGAUCCGUGAGAGGAGAGGGAGUCCAAUUAAGGUUAAAUCAUUUCAUCAGAAUCGACUGUAUACAUGGCUGUGUCAACACACAUAACAUGCUAUGCAAAAUCAAUCAGGAGAACUAGACAAAAUCUUGAAGGACAUUGUAAAGAUCACUUCUUGAAGGGUUUUGCUUUUUAAUGUGGAUUUUUGGUAUGUUGUAUCCCCAUAAUAUAGGGAUAUAGGGGCUUCAUGUGAGAAGAUUGUCUCAUAGAUUACACUUUGUUAUACAGUACUAACAGUCGUUUUAUGAAAUUAAUACAAUGUGUGAGACAUUAAGAAAUGAAUAUAUUUGACUAUAGUUUUAAUAUACAAUUUAGAUGGAGGUUAUAAGUGAAAUGUUAACAGAUUAUAUUACUAAUCAGAAACCUUUUUUUUUUCUUUUUUUUGUUACAUUGGAGAGAACAAUUUCAGAUAAUCUUCAUUUUCUAUAUAUUCUUUUAUUUUUGUAAAAGACAAGAUGCAUGUAGAUUUUAUACAUAACCAAAGGAACACUAAGAAUUGCAUGGCAGAUGGGGAGUGCUUGGGACAAAAUGAUUUCAGUGUAGAUAAGCUUAAGAGCCUGUCUUAAGACAUUGGAGAUGAAACAAAUGCAGGUGAGGCUAAGUACAUGUAUACUUGACCAGCAUAACAAAAAAAUUGAAUCCAAAUUGAUUUGCCAUUUGGUUCUUUUGACUUGACUGUUGUAAAAUGGUCAAGUCAAACCCAAGUGAAACACCCAAGUGAAAAUAACCUGUGCUUGGAACUUACACAACAGAGAACAUUUAUCCCUCUGUCCGCCAAGCAGUAAAGACGAAUUCUCAUCUCAGACAAGAUGUGAAAUUGAUUACUUCUCAGGGUCAUUAAAAAGAAUAUCAAUGGAAAGAUAAAUAGCAACCUCCUUAUUGGAGUAAUCAGAUAAUCAUGAGAAAAUCAAUAUUUAUUUUAGUUUAUUUCUCUGGUGAAACACAAGACUGGAAACCAACAACCCCUACUUUUCUGUUGAUUUGCUGAUGAUGUGACAUAGACUUAGCUUGGAUUGGAGUCACAUGAGUGAGUUAUAAUUAACAGGUAUUCAAAUUUUGUUUCACACAACAGUAAAAAAGAGCUCAGUAGUCAUGUAUAUCAUAACAGUAGUAUUGUCUAAGGUUGUUAAACUGCCAAUAUUGAACACUAUAGCAUGUAACUUGGUAGCAAGAUGCAGAUGUCAUUUUCAUGUCGUUUUUUGAUCAUAAUGUGUUUGUGUUAGGCUGAAGUUUAUAUUUAAUUAUUUGUUUAUUACAGUUUUUUUUAUCUAUCAUUGAAAGUGUUGUUUGUGUUUACCAGACUUUAAUUUAGAAAUGCAUCCCCACAGUCUGACAUCUUAACUCAUAUAUUUACUUUAAAUGGAAAACAUGAGUUGAAUUUUUAUAAAGCACUCUGUUCUCAAAAAAUGGUGCUUAAUGUCAUAACCAACAUACCUUAAGAGGGCCAUAAUGCAACUGAUGUAUGAACAGCUUUCAGGGCCUUGAAUAAUUUGUAUACAGCAGAUAUCUUGAAUGGUUACAAUGGUAGUUGUGUAUGAUAAACACUUUUCUCUUUUUCUUGUAUGUUAUUAUCCCCAAACAUUGUCACUUAAAGAAUAGGUUUGUAUUACCAAUUGUGGAAUACCAAGUCGUUUUCAGGUAUUCUUUUAAGGUAUGAAAUCUUUUUUCUUCAUUCUCCCCACUUUUGUAAACCAGAUCCACGUUUCUGUGCUUUUACAGAGAAUUUUAUUUUCUAUUUUGCUACAGCUCUUUUGUAGAUGUUCUUUCUUAUUCUCUUUCGUUCUCUGACUCUUUGAUAAUCAGUUGGAUUGAAGUGGCUGUGUGACUUGUCUGAUUAAAUCAGAGUGGUGCGUGAUUUGAAGAGUACAGGUUAUGGAGGACCCCCCCCCCCCCUUCCACCACCCAGAAACAGUAUUUGUAGGGCCAUGCCUUGAACUCUCUAGAGGAAUCACCACACCCCACUAAAAUGGUAUGGAAUUUUUAACAUUGUUUCCCCCAAUCUAUGUAAUCAUAACUGUCUUUAUAUUUCUUUCUUCUAUUUCUGUACUACUCAAUUUCUUAUAAUUAAAAGUAGCAGUUAGUUAUGUUUCUUAUUUUGAAAUAAAAAUGGCCCCACUUAAUACAGUAUUUUAGUAUGUGGACAGUUUUUUUAUUAUUGUUUUGGGAGGUGGGGGGGGGGGAUUGAUGAGUUGUGCAUAGCCAAUAUGUGUUGAUUAAUUUUUGAUAGUUUCUCUUAUUAAAUGUAUUCCCUAAUCUUACUUUACAUAUUGUAAAGUCAGCCAGAGAUGACAGUGAACGCAGCUCAGGACAGUCAAAAUAAACCUAAUCUGUUAAACUAA